UUCCUAGAAUUCCUCCUGAACCUUAGGAUUGCUGCUGUGUUUUCCAUGUGAACACAUUUUUCUGAGUGUUUCAACGGGAAGUUAUUCAAAAAUGUUCAAUAACUUCAGGCCGUUCAGGCCUUUGUUGGAGGAGAAUUGAAACAUAACCUUAGAAAUGGAGGAAGGAAUUCUCAUCUACGGUCUGGAGUUCCAGGCCAGAGCACUCGUGUCCCAGCUGGCGGAGAACAACGAGAUUCGCUUCUUCAUAGCCACACAGAGCCUGAAGCCGAACAAUCAAAUUCACUUGCUAGAGGUAAAUGAGGAUGGCGAGGCUGCCAUCAAGUCCAGGAUCUUCGCCCAUCCACACGGGGAGGUGUGGAAGCUCAACAGUAGUCCGCACGAUGCGAAUCUACUGGUGUCUUGCUGCAAUAGCAGCCAGCAGGGCAGCAAUGUCUUCAUGCAGACGGUUCUGCUGAGACUCCCGGAUAUGGACUCGCCACCGGAGGGCGAGGAGUUCCUCACCUUCAAGGACGCUGAGGUGCUGCCACUGGACGGGCACGGGAGUGAGGUGAAGACUACGGAAUUCCAUCCAGCGGACGGACACAUUCUGGCCACAGUGGUAGACAGGAAAGUGCUGCUGAUGAACAGGGCGGAGAGCCAGACGCGAGUCGUGGCGGAGAUCAACUCCAAGAAUUGCCCGAAGCUGACUGGUGGCAAGUGGUCGCAGCACCACCAGGGCAACCAAUUCAUCACCCUUCACGACUGCUCUGUCCGCUCGUACGACAUCCGGGACGUGAAUCACGCCGCCUGGACAAUUGAGGACGCUCACGCGCAGCUCGUGCGCGACAUCGACUGCAAUCCCAAUAAGCAGUGCCACAUCGUGACGGGCGGCGAUGAUGGCUGCAUCAAGAUCUGGGACAGUCGCAGCACAAAGGAGGCGGUCUUCAUGCGCUCAGACCACUCUCAUUGGGUCUGGAGCGUGAAAUUCAACACAUUUCACGACCAGCUGGUACUCUCGAGCAGCUCCGACAGCAAGGUCCUCCUGACGUGCGCCUCCAGCGUCAGCUCAGAGGCGCACGGCGAAGAGAUGCCCAGCAUCUCGGAUUCCGGCAGGGAGCGCCUCCAGGACGGACUGCUGCAGACUUUUGAGCAGCACGAGGAUUCCGUGUAUUGCGUGGAGUGGAGCAGUGCUGACCCGUGGACAUUCGCCUCUCUCAGCUACGACGGCCGAGUGAUCGUGAGCAAGGUUCCGCGCCAGUACAAGUACCAAAUCCUCCUGUGA